AUGGCUUGGGGCUGGGACGAAUCUGAGCGUGCUCACGAGCAGGUCUACAACGGUGAGCAGCACCAUGAGGGCAAGUUCUCCCAUGAGUUCGCCGCCGGUGCCGCCUCCUUCGCUGCCAUGAAGGCCUACGAGGACCACCAGAAGAAGUCCGGCCAGGAAGUCAACCACGCUUUCGCCAAGGAGCUCCUCGUCGGCUUCGUCGGCGGUGAGAUCGACAAGCUCGCCGAGACCAAGGGUAUGGACUGGGUGGACCGCGAGAAGGCCAAGCACCACGCCGAAAAGAACGCCCACCACAUGUACGAGGAGCGUUACGAGCGCGGCAACUACUAA